CCCUUCCAACAUUCCACUUGCUGCAUGGGCAGCCAAUAGACGGGAACGCGUCCUGGUGAGUUGGACUGCAGAAAGAACAUGUCGCAACGGAAACGUCGAAACAAAAAGCCAUCUAAUUCUGCAUCAGAAGACCUGACAAGAAUAAUCGAAAAUGUCGAGUUUCAGUCAGAUGAUGUGGAGGGGGAGAGAGAUUGCGGGAGAGGAAGAGAGGGGAGGCCGCGGGAGACAGACCCAGGGACAAGGGGCACUCCUGUGAGUGAGUGUGAGAGCGUUAGCCUGGUAAAACAGAACGUUCCUACUCAGAAGACGUCCAAACAAGUUCACAUCGUCUUCCUCCCCGACAGAUAUCAAACUCUCAUAGAGGAGGUGGAGGACAGUGAGGGCAGAGAGGAGGAGGAGAGGAAAAAAGAUGCGAAGGAGAAGAGGAAAAAGGAGAAACAGAAGAAGUACAGAAAGAACGUCGGGAAGGCUCUGCGGUUCGGCUGGCGAUGUCUGGUUGCCGGGUUACAGAGCUUAGCGAGCGGCUAUGCUACACCCCUUUCGGCUGCAGCCACGUUGAUGACCGACGUCCACAGAACUCACCGCUAGGCAUGAUGGGACGGAGGACUAAUAUCUGGGACUAGACACACACAGUCUCAACUGCAUUGUAUGUCAUUAUUUCAGACUCCUUAACCGUUACCUAAUACAGUAUGUUUGAUGUUUACCGGUCUUUGUUUUGAUGUUUACCGGUCUUUGUUUUGAUGUUUACCGGUCUUUGUUUUGAUGUUUUCUAUCUGAAAGGGGAAUAAAGAGAGUAAUGAGGAAGAAAGAGAAGGAAUGAGAAAGUACAGCACUGUAGAAUAUAAAGAGGAUAGAAAAACAGAAAUCGAUAUAGAAUUGAAAAGAGCAAAAAGUAUGACGGGUGAAGGUCUGAGAGAUUAUGCGGAGAUGAGUUGAUAGGCCUUCAUAAAGUGUCUUUCAAAGUAAACAAUUCUACAGUAUGCACCAUACAAUACUAUUCAUUUAACUGGUUUACCUGCUAGAUUGAGAAAGGAUUGUGACCAGGGAAAUGAACCAAAAUGCCUGUCCAGGUUCUACCAUGCCCACCGUGGUACUAACCAUGGGUGUAUCCAGCAGGUCGCAACGUUUUUGGAAUGCUCAGAUAGAACUAUGCUUAUGCUUAUGUAGAUCUAACAUGCCUCAGAUAGGGAGUGUAUUGUGUUUUAUAGACCCUCCUGUGUUUUAUAGACCCUCCUGUGUUUUAUAGACCCUCCUGUGUUUUAUAGACACUCCUGUUUUUUAUAGACACUCCUGUUUUUUACAGGCCCUCCUGUUUUAGGAAACUGAUGCUGCUAAAUUGGUAUUACAGCUUUUCCCAAUUGUUUACACACUAAAACUGGCCCAUGAAGCCCAAUGACCCAAACCUGUAGAGGUAGAGGUGUAAAGGUGGAGGUGUAAAGGUAGAGGUGGAGGUGUAAAGGUGGAGGUGUAAAGGUAAAGGUAGAGGUGUAAAGGUAGAGGUGUAAAGGUAGAGGUGUAAAGGUGGAGGUGUAAAGGUGGAGGUGUAAAGGUGGAGGUGUAAAGGUGGAGGUGUAAAGGUGGAGGUGUAAAGGUGGAGGUGUAAAGGUGGAGGUGGAGGUGGAAAGGUGUGAAGGUAGAGGUGUAGAGGUAAAGGUAGAGGUGUAAAGGUGGAGGUGGAGGUGUAAAGGUAGAGGUGGAGGUGUAAAGGUGGAGGUGUAAAGGUAGAGGUGUAAAGGUAGAGGUGGAGCUGUAAAGGUGGAGGUGGAGGUGUAAAGGUAGAGGUGGAGGUGUAAAGGUGGAGGUGUAAAGGUAGAGGUGUAAAGGUAGAGGUGGAGGUGUAAAGGUAGAGGUGGAGGUAGAGUGAGAGGUGGAGAUGGAGGUGUAAAGGUGUAAAGGUGGAGGUAGAGUGAGAGGUGGAGGUGGAGAUGUAAAGGUAGAGGUAGAGGUGUAAAGGUAGAGGUAGAGGUGUAAAGGUAGAGGUGUAAAGGUAGAGGUGUAAAGGUAGAGGUGGAGGUGUAGAGGUAGAGGUGGAGGUGUAGAGGGAGAGGUGGAGGUGCAAAGGUAAAGGUGGAGGUGGAGGUGUAGAGGUAGAGUGAGGUGGAGAUUGAGGUGGACCAAGAACAAGGAGAGUAAUCUUUGAUGAAAUACUGGCGACUAUGGUGGAGUGAGUGGUCAACCAUGGUUUGACCUUGAGAGGCUGGGCAGAGAGUGCUGCCCAAUCUGAGCCGCUUCACUGUAGCAUCCAUCAUCCGGACAUUCCAAAAUGAGAAGAGGUUUGUACUGCAGACAUCGGACCUCUAGUACUUUUACUACUUGACAGUAGUACAACAUAAAGCACAGUAAAGACUGUAGAUUCCAAUACAUACUGGAAGGGGAAACAUAGUAAAUGUUUCAUAUAUUACUGUAUGUAUGAAACUGGGAGCUAUACUACUUUGUAACAUGUUUCUUGUAUACUGUACACUGUACUGUACGCUAUUUUGUUUUAAAGUUUUUUCUGAUUGCUUAGCCACUAUCUGCAAAACUCUUCAAAUGGCAUUUUUGCAUCAAUACCGUACACACAAAGCAUCAUUUGAAUAAGCACACAAAGCUCCAAUUACGCACUGAUGGUUUAAAUGAAAAACACUUGUGGCUUUUGCUUUCUCUGUGUGCAGGAUAUAGCAGCUUGCAAUACAGUUUGGUCAUACAUGUAAUAAACACACAGGUAUCCAAA